GCUCCGAGAACACCCCGCAGCAGGCUUCGGGGGUCCGGCAAUACCCCGACCGACAUGACUUCGAUCAGCUUUGCGUCGGGGUGUUUGGCUCGUCUCGCAGGAAGUACUUCGAUCUGUCCCGAAGGAUCUCGGCGAGACCUGUCUACUGUCCGCUCAGGAUCUGCAUAUAUAAGACAGGAAUCGCCAAGGUCAUCGAACAUUCGAGUUGUCUAUUCACCAUUCUACCCUCAAGCAACAUCUCACCGCACCAACCAUCCAACUCUUCAACAUGCAACUUCAGGCAACUUUCUGGGCCGCAGUCUUGGCGGCGCUGGCGACUACCCCUCUCGCCUUCGGAGCUCCCACCGACUCUGCCGAGCUCGCCAAGCGUGCGGGUGACACGACGACCAUCUCGCUCGACCAGUGUUCCGGUACCCCUCAACUCUACGCUCAGGGUAUCCUUUACGGACUUGGAGUCGACCCCAACACGCCUCCUCAGUCGUACCUCGACGACCUCAAGAUCAACUACGAGGCGGCUGGAGGCGCUCAGGUCAGCCCGUCCCCGGGUGGAUAUGCCGUCAACAUGAACGACUACAACUACCGUUUCAGUACCGCGGUGACCGCAUUCAAGCGUAUCAGGGCUCGUAACGGUGUCUUCGCUCUCAAGAUGGCUGAUCUUUGGGGUGCAGACGAGACGACGGGGAACAACUUCCCCUUCCCUGGAGAUAACGGCGAUUGGACCAAAUGGAGCGCCUUCCUUCAGCAGGUCAUUAACGAUGUCAAGAGCAACGGGAUGGCCAACUCGUACACCACCCAGCUCGAAUGCUGGAACGAGCCCGACAUCAACUUUGGCGGUCGACCGCAAGCGCAGUUCAACGAGGCCUUCGUUCGAUGUGCCAAGGCCUUGCGAGCGGCCUUCCCUCAGGGAGGUACUUUCCUCCCCGUCAACGGUCCCGCUACGGCCAGUAGACCCGACCCUUCGAACGGUUGGUGGCAAAGCUUUGCCUCGUACCUCCAAAACAACGGAGGUACCGCCGUCCAGCCCGAUGUCUGGACCUGGCACCUCGAGGAGAACAACAACAACGAUCCCGUCUACUCAUCUCAGUACCUGAAGUCAUGGUUGCCUGGCUACGGGCUCAACAACGGGAUCGGCUACCAGAUCUCCGAGUACUCGAUUCGAUCUCAACAAGUCCCCUCGUGGCAGGCUUGGUUCAAGGCUCGAUUCCAGAGGGUCGGAUUCAAUGGUCUUCGAGGGAACUGGGCCUCUGGCUCCCAGCUCAACGACUUGAUGGCUCAGCUCUUGAUCAAGAACUCGGACGGCUCGUACUCCACCACUGGUGACUACCAGGUCUGGAAGUACUAUGCCAACAUGAACAACUCUCCCUGCGGAACGACGGCCGGUAACUCGGUCGAUGCCUACGCCACUGCUGGCAACGGCAACGCCACCGCGCUCAUCGGAAGUCAAGGGUACACCGGGACCGUCAACGUCGUCUUCAACGCCAUCAGCUCGAAAUUCGGAACGGCCAAGUCGCUCAAGGGGACGAUCAUCCGAUUCCCUUACAACAACGGCGGAGCGGUCACCGGGUGGCAGACCGCGCAGACCCUUACUGUUCCUGUCAACAGCAACUCUGCGACCGUUACCUUCAACGCGGACAACCAGUACGAUGGAUGGGCUGUCAGGCUCACCCAGUAAGCGGUCUGCUCGCAGACCGACGCUCGAUACAUCUCCAUCCCAUUUGCGAUGAUAUCCGAACUCCAUCUAUCAACAAGAGCCUCAGCUUAUGGUAAACACUUCGAGUCGAAAAUUCCUCGGCGCCAUCCUCUGAAGCUUGUUCCUGAGAAUGUAAAAAAAAGGCAGAAUAC